AUGCUUUUCUCGUUACCUGCCUUACAUCUUCCGACCUCCGAACACCAUCCUUUCUUCCAGCUGCCACACAGAAGGCUGGGCAAAUGGAGACUAUGCUGUGCUCCCUCCUGCUACCCUGUCCCCCUCUCCUCUGAGGCUGGUGGCGGGGAGAGAUCAUGGAUACUUGUCUGCUGGCUUUUAGUUUCCACACAAGUAACCCUGCUGUCAAUGGAGGAGGACAUUGAUACCCGCAAAAUCAACAACAGUUUCCUGCGAGAUCACAGCUAUGCUACCGAAGCUGACAUUAUCUCUACGGUAGAAUUCAACCACACAGGAGAAUUACUAGCGACAGGAGACAAGGGGGGUCGGGUUGUAAUAUUUCAACGAGAGCAGGAGAGUAAAAAUCAGCUUCAUCGAAGGGGUGAAUACAAUGUUUACAGCACAUUCCAGAGCCAUGAGCCCGAAUUCGAUUACCUGAAGAGUUUAGAGAUUGAAGAAAAGAUUAAUAAAAUUAGAUGGCUUCCACAGCAAAAUGCAGCCUACUUUCUCCUUUCCACUAAUGAUAAAACUGUGAAGCUCUGGAAAGUCAGUGAGAGAGAUAAGAGACCAGAGGGUUACAAUCUGAAAGAUGAAGAUGGCCGGCUCCGGGAUCCUGCUACCAUUACAACACUACGGGUUCCUGUGCUGAGACCCAUGGACCUGAUGGUGGAGGCCACCCCGAGAAGAGUAUUUGCCAAUGCACACACAUAUCACAUCAACUCCAUAUCAGUCAACAGUGAUUAUGAAACCUACAUGUCAGCAGAUGACCUGAGGAUAAACCUAUGGAACUUUGAAAUAACCAAUCAAAGUUUUAAUAUUGUGGACAUUAAGCCAGCCAACAUGGAAGAGCUCACAGAGGUCAUUACAGCGGCAGAAUUCCACCCACUCCACUGCAACACCUUUGUCUACAGCAGCAGCAAAGGGACAAUCCGGCUGUGUGACAUGAGGGCAUCAGCCCUUUGUGACAGGCACACAAAGUUUUUUGAGGAGCCAGAAGAUCCAAGCAACAGGUCAUUUUUUUCUGAAAUCAUCUCUUCAAUUUCUGAUGUGAAGUUCAGUCAUAGCGGAAGGUACAUUAUGACCAGGGAUUAUCUGACCGUCAAAGUCUGGGACCUCAACAUGGAAAAUCGCCCCAUUGAGACUUACCAGGUUCAUGACUACCUCCGCAGCAAGCUGUGUUCUCUCUAUGAAAAUGAUUGCAUUUUUGAUAAAUUUGAGUGUGUCUGGAAUGGAUCAGACAGUGUCAUCAUGACCGGAUCCUACAACAACUUUUUCAGAAUGUUUGACCGAAAUACCAAGCGUGAUGUCACCCUGGAGGCUUCCAGGGAAAAUAGCAAGCCCAGGGCCAUCUUGAAACCCCGCAAAGUGUGUGUUGGUGGCAAACGGAGAAAAGAUGAGAUCAGCGUGGACAGUCUGGACUUUAGCAAAAAGAUCUUACAUACAGCUUGGCAUCCUUCAGAAAAUAUUAUAGCAGUGGCGGCUACAAAUAACCUAUAUAUAUUCCAGGACAAGGUUAACUAGGAGGACAAGUUAUACUUAAUAAGCUCACAUACUGAAUACUAGUCAAACAAGUUUUUAAAUGUUUCUUUGGGUUUUCAUUUUAUUCAUUGACUUUAAUUUUCCUAUGCAGGAAACAAUUGGAAUAGAAGAAAAGCAGUCCAAAGGCCCCAGCUCCCCCAAUUUUAAGAAACUGUGUUGGCAAAUCCAACAAAUAGGUUCAGAAUACUUUUGUUUAGAAUCGAGAGCUGCCAGGUAACCAGGACCCUUCCAUAGUUGACUUGAAUUUCUGAUGCUUUUAUUACCCAGUUCUCUCUGGUGAGUCCAGUGUU